UAGUCAAAAUUAGAAAAAAUAUUGUAUGUAACACGUUACGAAAUGUCGUUUUAUGUAACUCGUUCAUGUUGGUGGGACCUUGUUCUGCUCGUCUCGCAAACAUUCACUCGUUACAUAAAAAGUUAUUACGUUCGUCCCACUUGGUGUAGGAAUGAACUACACUACCGGACACGAAACCUUUUUUGGCCCGUUGUAACACCCACUACACCUUCCUGUUGGCGAUGUGGUGUCCAUUGGUGGAUAUUUUCUCCACCAGCUAUUUAGCAGAAGCGAAUUACACUCGAUAUGUGUAUAAAGAAUAAGGAGGAAGUAAACUAGGUAAAUAAGGUGGUGUAAUUGACAGUGCGUGAAGACUGCACCAACAGCGAACUAAAGAACCAUAUAUUAGGCAUUUCGUAACUGGUUUUAUAAAUAGCUAUUAUCAUGCUCCUAAAGAUAAAUUCUAGAAUUUAACAACUUUUAUUUUUUAAUUAAAGUCGAUAAAAAUAAUCGUGGUUCUGCGGUGACGUCACAAAUCAUUUGGCAAUAGCGUAUACUUCACAAACAGAUUUGAGAAACCAAGCUGUCCCACUGAGAGUGCGGAUCCUUGACACAACACAACCUCACUCUUUUUUCACUCACUCAGUCACGAGUCACGUGUCAAAUGAUAUUUGACUCUCUGACAAGAGAUCAUAUUUUUAUUUAUUAAUUAAAUAAUAAGUUAUAAGUCCAUCUGAUCGCGGCUAGUGAGGCUCGAGCAGUGGAAUCUGGAGAUUUUUAUAAGAAUAAAAAUUUAGUUUUUAUCCACCAACCAUGGCGUCCUGUUUGAGAGUCUUAGGACAAGGAAGCACAUCCAGAAGCCUGUUAUUCAACGAAAUCCAGUCAAGAUGUUUUCAUGUAUCACCUUUAGCUGCUGCAGCCGCAAAGGUUGCUAUGAGCAAGUUCGAUCCAGAUCCUUUACCCUAUGAUAAAUUAGCUAAGACCCUUGAAAUUGUGAAAAAAAGGCUUAACAGACCCUUAACCCUUUCUGAAAAAGUGUUAUAUUCCCACAUUGAUAAACCAGAAACACAGGAAAUAGAAAGAGGAAAAUCUUAUUUGAGGUUACGUCCCGAUAGGGUAGCUAUGCAAGAUGCUACUGCUCAAAUGGCUAUGUUGCAAUUCAUUUCUAGUGGUUUAAAAAAGGUAGCUGUUCCAAGUACGAUUCAUUGUGAUCAUCUUAUUGAAGCUCAAAUUGGCGGGGAAAAGGAUCUUGCCCGGGCAAAGGACAUUAACAAAGAAGUUUAUAACUUUUUAGCAUCUGCUGGUAACAAAUAUGGUGUUGGAUUCUGGAAACCAGGUUCCGGCAUUAUUCAUCAAAUCAUCUUGGAAAACUAUGCUUUUCCUGGUCUUCUCAUGAUUGGUACUGAUUCCCACACACCAAAUGGAGGAGGCUUGGGUGGUUUAUGCAUUGGUGUGGGUGGUGCUGAUGCAGUAGAUGUAAUGGCCAGUAUUCCAUGGGAAUUAAAGUGUCCUAAGGUUAUUGGUGUCAAACUUACAGGAAAACUGUCAGGCUGGACUUCUCCUAAGGAUAUCAUUCUCAAAGUAGCUGAUAUAUUAACAGUAAAAGGCGGUACUGGUGCUAUCGUUGAAUACUUUGGACCUGGAUGCGAAUCAGUUUCUUGUACUGGUAUGGCAACUAUUUGCAAUAUGGGUGCAGAAAUUGGAGCUACUACCUCUCUUUUCCCUUACAAUAAAAGAAUGUACGACUAUUUGGUUGCUACAAAAAGAGGUGAAAUCGGUGAACAAGCCAAUAAAUACAAGGAACUUCUUAGUCCAGACAAAGAUGCCAAAUACGACCAAGUUAUUGAAAUUAAUCUGGAUACCCUUGAACCACACGUCAAUGGACCAUUCACCCCAGAUUUGGCCAGCCCAAUUAGUAAAUUAGGAGAGAAUGCAAAAAAAAAUAAUUGGCCAGUUGAAAUUAAAGUUGGAUUGAUCGGAUCAUGCACUAACAGUUCAUAUGAAGACAUGGGACGGUGCGCCAGCAUAGCCAGAGAAGCCAUGAAGCAUGGAAUCAAAUCAAAAAUUCCUUUUAAUGUUACUCCUGGAUCCGAACAAAUCCGUGCUACCAUUGAAAGGGACGGAAUUUCCCAGACCCUUGAAGAAUUUGGUGGAACUGUACUUGCCAAUGCCUGUGGACCUUGCAUUGGCCAAUGGGACAGGAAAGACGUCAAAAAAGGCGAAAAGAACACAAUUGUAACUUCAUACAAUAGGAACUUUACAGGUCGUAAUGAUGCUAAUCCAGCAACUCACUGCUUCGUCACUUCACCAGAAUUAGUUACCGCUUUAAGCAUUGCAGGAUCGCUCGACUUCAAUCCCUUAACUGACCAGCUUACCAGUUGCGACGGAAAGAAGUUCAAGCUAACGCCUCCCUUUGGAGAUGAACUUCCCAGCAAAGGUUUCGAUCCCGGUCAAGAUACAUAUGUGCAUCCAGUAAAAGAUGGUUCCAAAGUAGCUGUUGACGUAGAUCCCAAAUCGCAAAGGCUUCAGUUGUUGACGCCUUUUGAUAAAUGGGACGGAAAAGAUUUGGAGGAUAUGACAAUUCUAAUCAAGGUUAAAGGAAAGUGUACUACUGAUCACAUUUCAGCAGCUGGUCCUUGGUUAAAAUACCGUGGUCACCUCGACAAUAUUUCCAACAACAUGUUUAUAACUGCUACUAAUGCUGAUAAUGGAGAACUUAACAAAAUCAAGAAUCAAAGUACGGGCCAGUGGGGAGCUGUACCUGAUGUAGCUCGUGAUUACAAAUCCAAAGGCAUUAAAUGGGUAGCUAUUGGAGACGAAAACUACGGAGAAGGCAGUUCACGUGAACACGCCGCACUAGAACCAAGGCAUCUUGGAGGACGUGCGAUCAUCGUUAAAUCGUUUGCUCGUAUUCACGAAACCAACCUCAAAAAGCAGGGUAUUUUACCACUUACUUUUGCCAAUCCCAGUGACUAUGACAAAAUACAACCCACAGACAAAAUAUCUUUGAAAGGUUUGAAAAAUGUUACACCUGGAAAGCCUGUAGACUGCGAAAUUAAACACGCCGAUGGCUCAGUAGAUAAAAUUAAACUUAACCACUCUUUGAAUGAGCUGCAAAUCACUUGGUUCACUGCAGGAAGUGCUUUAAACCGUAUGAAGGAAUUGUCUAACUAAAAACCUCGUAUUAUUUAUGUUUUAUUUAAUGUACAGUAUAGAAUUAAAUUAUAAAAUUGUGAAUACAUUUUCUUCAUUUCUGUUUGUUUAUAUACCAAUUUUUUAUGUAGAUGCUAAAAAUGGCCUUAUAAUAAAAUUAGACAAUAUUUUUUGUUUUAAUUCUAAAAUAUUUACUUAAAUAUUCUUAGCAGUCAUGUUUAACAAAAAGUAAAGAUUUAUUUAGAUAAAAAAAGUUAUAUAAAUAUAAUCAAGAUACCGAGCAUUUGAUCCAUUUUACUGGUUUAUUUAAAGUUUACGUUCGCGCUAGAAGGCUCACAAAAAUGAAUUUGUUUGAACAAUUGUACAAUUAAUUUGAAUUGUAAUAAGUAUCUGUAAAUGAAUUCAUAAAAAGUAAUAAACGUCAAAAAAGGUUAAGGUUUACUAAGUCUGUUUAUACAUUAAUAAAGUAGUGAUUUAAUAUGUUUUAUACAAACAAAAGUCACACAGUUUUUCAUUUCAAAUUCUUUAUUGGUGCCAGGGACGUCGUAACAUAUAUAUGGCAACUUAUAUUUAAUAAUGUUGCAAUGUAUAACACAAGUAAAAAAAACGUUUUAUCUAUUACCAAUCUGAUAACCAUAUUACGUGGCUAGGAACUGAUACAAUAGACAGUGGGACAAUGUAACAGAGUUGUAAUACAUUGAAAUAAUUUCUUUCAUUAUAAAAAUUUAGGCAAAAAACUGUUUAAAAUACGUAAUUGUUAGCAAAUUACAAUACCUAAAUUCUUAGGUACUUUAUUUGAAUCUAAGAACAUAAAAACACUUAAUAAUAUAUAAGUAACUUGCUUGAAGUUGAUAACACAAGUCACCUGCUAGCAGUUGAUCGGUUUGUUACACGUUACCAUGUGUCUGGGAAUUUGUUUUCUUUCGCACUUUUGAGUCACACUC